UUCAUGACCUGGUGACCGGAAUAUUUUGCUCUCCAUUCAUAAGUGUGUGUACUCGUCGAAGCAUUGACUGUAAUAAUACAUUCCGAGUAACCUGGUCAGGGAUGACACGGGAUCGACUAAAGGUUACAGUGUCCAGUCAGGGCGAUGAAAAGGCGCAAAAAGAGUGAAAUGGUUUUAUUCAAGACAGCAAAAUAUUUUAUUUAUAUGUUCGUGACCACUGUUUAGCCGUUUUGAAGUUCUCCUAGGGGAGACAUGUUUCGUAAAUAUAUAAGUUCCUUGUUAACUGCAGUGAAGCCACAUUAAGUUCUAGACUCUUGGGAUUAAACAUUCAAUGAUCUGCACAAGUUUACAAUGGCGAGAAAAUAUGGGUGGCGGUGGAAACUCCGAAAUUUCGCCGGCCUUGUGUUUGGACUGUGCUUUGGAAUAUUGUUGUCUUCUUGGUGCCGUCACAGUCUACUCCCGUGCGGAUCCCAGAAGGACCGCUGUUGUAUUCACAUUAAUUAUCAUGUCAAUAUUGCAGUUGAACACUUGCACGUACCAGACCAGCUCCCUCAAAGGGCAUUGCCAAUCUCCGACACCAAGGAAUUCCAGCUAAACAAGUACAUAAAACCGGAGGAGAGAGGGUUUUUGUUGAUAGGUGUCAUAACAGCCAAAAAGUUUUUGGACACUCGUGCAGUGGCAGCCUUUGAUACUUGGACAAGCACCUGUCAGGGCAUUUGUAAGGUGCUAUUUUUCUCUAGUGAAGGGUCCCUGUCACACCGCAUACCCGUUAUCAGCCUUGAUGGUGUUGACGAUUCCUACCCACCCCAGAGAAAAUCGCUGCUGAUGUUAAAGUACAUGCAUGACAAUUAUAUUAAUAACUUUGAGUGGUUCAUGAGAGCAGAUGAUGAUGUCUUCAUUAAGGGUGAUCGUCUGGAAAAGUUACUUCGUUCCAUCAAUAGUUCUGUACCCCAGUACAUUGGACAGGCAGGGAUUGGAAAGAAAGAGGAACUGGGAAAGCUUUAUCUCAACAAGAAUGAAAACUUUUGUAUGGGAGGCCCAGGGGUGGUGUUUAGUCACAUCACACUGAGAAUGGUGGCCCCUCAUGUCGGGGAGUGCUUGCAGAACCUCCUAACCACCCAUGAAGAUGUAGAGGUUGGACGAUGUGUCCGGGACCAUACAGGUCUGUCCUGUACAUGGGCAUUUGAGAUGCAGCGCUUGUUCUUCCAGAACUACAAAGAGGAGAAAGGUUCUUUCAGAACAACCCUAAAAGACAAAGCAGUGAAGAAAGCUGUCACAUUGCAUUCCGUCAAAGAACCAAAGCAGCAGUACAAAAUCCACAACUACCUCAAGUCUGUUCACAUACAAGAUCUCCAACACAAAGAGCUUCUACUGGAGCGAGAGAUUGCCAGCAUAGACCGCAUGCUCGGGGCUCAAACUGCCACAGGCAAGCAAGGCUUGCCUCCAAAUCUCAACAAAUUCAUUCCCAAAUCUGCAUCAGACAUAUUAUCAUGGGACUAUAUAUCAAAAGCCAUUGUAUCCCAUAAAAACCUCAAUCCACGCCAGGGAUUGAACUUUCCUCUCAAAGUUGCUUUGGAUGACAUCAUAGGUCAGGUGAUUCAAAUUGUGAAUAGAAAUGCUCGGCAGAAGGGAAGGACGAUAGAUUACAAGGAUCUGUGGUAUGGGUACCGCAGGGUGAACCCUCUCCAUGGGGCAGAUUAUGUAUUAGAUAUACUUCUGAACUAUAAAAAACACACAGGUAACAAAGUCAAUGUGGCCGUCAGACGACACGCUUAUUUACAGCAGACUUUUGGCAAGAUCAACUUCAUUGAAGAUCCCUUCUCAUCAAAUACACACCCAUCUACAUAUGAAUUAGAAUCUCCCUUUAUGUUUAAACAGUUUGGAGCAGGAAAUCAGUCUAGUCUUUCAUAUAUUUCCAACAAAGUCGAAGAAAUCAUACACUUUAUUCUCCCUCUGAUGGGGAGGUUGAACAUUUUCAGACGCUUCAUGGCAAACUAUGAAGAUGUCUGUCUAAAAACCGGUGCCAAAACACAGCUUCAUAUCAUUCUAUUCAAUGAUACUGAUGCUGACAUUCUCAUCAAUCUGAUUGGUGGAUAUCAAAUGAAAUAUGGGGGUGACAACAUUGAGGUGAUAUUUGCGGAGGGUGCUUUUGCCCGUGCGAAAGCCUUGGACCUCGGGGCAGUUCAGUGUAAUCAAAAUGAUUUACUAUUUUUCAUAGAUGUAGAUAUCACAUUUACUUCCAGUAUAUUACACAGAAUACGCAUGAACACAAAGCAGGGGUCACAGGUGUAUUAUCCUAUUGUAUUUAGUCAAUUUGAUCCCUCGGUUCUGUGCAGUUUUUACAAGAUAAAGCCGUGCCACAUGGACAACUUUAACCUCUCGGCUGACACCGGCUAUUGGAGGAAUUUCGGUUUUGGGAUAGCAAGCAUGUAUAAAAGUGAUUUAGAGCAAGUUGGAGGAUUUGACACCAGCAUACAGGGCUGGGGGAAAGAGGACGUGGACCUCUACACAAAGUUUAGUGAGAGCGAGAUCCAGAUAUUUCGUGGUGUGGAUCCAGAUUUGAUCCACCUAUACCAUUCUGUUCACUGUGAUUCUGCAUUGAAUGAUGCACAAAUGACUAUGUGUGUAGGUUCUAAAUCUGCAAGUUAUGCUUCAAUGCACAUCUUGGCCGAAAUCAUUCAGCGGACACCUGGAAUUUUAAACAGGGACCCUGGAUCAUGAUGCAUGACAUUGUGUGUGUGUCUUUGUGUGUUAAUCUUGCUUAGAGCCAUUUGUCUAAUGUCUGCAUGAUGACCUGAUACAUGUACUGGUGUUGAUUUUGCAAUGUAGCAAUGUUUUGAAUUGUCAAUUGCAAAUGCUGCCCUGGGAAUACAAGGAGAUUGUUGUUAUCCUCCUGAGAAUAAUGUUUUACUGAUUAGGGGAUUAUAUAUAUGGAACGGAGUUUUUUUUUAAGGUUAAUAGAUUUUAAGCCCAUUAAUGUAACUAUGUACAAAGUACAUAACCCAGAGCCGAGAGAGAUUGGUGUUUGUACUAGAUAAGGUUGAUUGGAAUAUGUUUAUACCAUGUCAGAGUUCUAAAUGUGUGUUGUAAUCAUUAAUUGCAUUUAAUAGUUAGCUAGUCAAUGUGACCUCAUCAUAUCUGUGAAUAUCAGUCAAUUUAUUUAUGAAGUUUGGAAUUGUAUGUUUCAUGUCAGAUACCUAUGUUCUCAUUUAAAUUGUUUGUCAAGUGAUAUGCAUGUUUGAAUGUUAAUUGAUUAGAACAAAGCUUGCAUCAUUUGAGGAGAGAAAGAUAAUUAAUCGGAGUCGAUGUUGAAGAGUAAUUUAUAUUUGUUGUGUUUCUCAUCAUGACUUUAUUUUCAAAAAUUUAGUUUUCCAUCUCUCUGUUGGAUGAAGGAAGGGGGAGCACUUAAAAUGUCCUUGUUAUCAUGACUAUUUCAAUCUUCUAUUGGAAACUUUUUAAAAAAGAAAAUAAUAAAAAAUAUAUAAGGAGCCUGAUUGGAAAGGGGGGGGAGGGGGUACUAUUCCAUAAUCUGAGAGUUAAUCCCCCCUCUAUGUAUAUAACACAUUGACCCACAAUUACAGCGAGUUAAAAAUCUUAUCCCAGUAUCACCAGAAAUCUUCAGGCUUUUAGAGAGCUCUGUAAAAAUCUUAUCCCAGUAUCACCAGAAAUCUUCAGGCUUUUAGAGAGCUCUGUUUGGGAAUUAUCAAGUCAGUAACACCACACAUACACAUUAGUAAUUAUUGAAAAAAUCCUCAAAAUAGCACGUGAAACUUUUAAAUCUCUUAAAGCUUCAAAACCACAUCAACAUCUCCAUGAAAAUUAUUCAGAGCUCUGUAUAUUUUCACAUCUCUGUAUAAAUUCACAUCAUUAAGACAGAGGUUGUGUUUUUCUUGCCAAUUUGAUGCUUGAUUGCAUUUCAUCUGAAGAAAUGUGUGCUUUAUUGGAACACCCCUCUAUCUAAAUCUGAAUUAAUUGAUAUUGGGGAGGGGGGGGGGGGGGAGACUCAUUUGAAGUUUGUUUUUGUGUAAAAUACUUAACAGGUUUAUACCUUACAUUUUCAGUUUAUUCAGAGCAUCUAGUGUUGCACGUUGCUGAUAUGGUGAAAUGGUCAAACUUAACUUUGUGUACUUGUAUUGUCAAAGUGCUUUAUAAGGACAGCUGAAAGUGGUCUCGUUAAAACUGUCCAUUAUGAUGAGGUGACCGGAAAAAUCCCACUCCACACAACAAUUUAAAGCCAAUGUAAACUCUAUCAUGAACUACCACACCUAAGGCACUUCUAAGUCAAUGAUAAAAUCUCUGUUUACUGUUCAAUUCCUGUUAACAUUAGAGAUGCCUUAUUUCAUUGUUUGUAGUUGAUAUUAAAAUCUAUGCACUGUUAUAUUUUUAUGAACUUGAAUUGUUAUAAACACAGCAUAUAUAAUAGUAAACAAAUAUUUUUGUAUUUCAUUAGUGGGGCCAGAUUUUGAAAGAGAUUACGAUGAAUUCUUUAGUCUGUGUUUUCUGUCUCAGAUUUACAUGAACACAUUUCUAUUUUUUUUUUUAUACCUUUUGGUAUAUAAAGAAUUCCUUGAAUGUACAUAUUAUUUAACAUGUAUAUCAUAAACAAAUCUAACAUUGUUUACACACAAUGGCCAGAAUUCACCAAAAUAUUGCCUUGACAACUUUAUCAUAACAUAUUUUCAAGGUUUAUGAUGAACUGCAUGGUUCUGUUUGAAUAUAUAACAUGGUUACUAAUAUGAAAUUCUUCAUUGAUUUUUUUAUUUCUCAAAUUAUGAAAAAAUUUUAAAAAGAUGUCCGACUGUAUUUUUGCACUGACCAUAUUUUUGUAGCCAGGUCUGUAGGUCAAAUGUUUCACAGUUGAAAAGUUCAAUUUGCUCGGUCCCUUUUGAUGUACAGUCCAUUAGAGUAUUGAGACACUGCCAUGGCUAGGUAGUCAAUUAAAGUAGGGUAAAUCUGCCAAAUUUACCUUUCUAAAACACAAUCAUGACUUCCAUAUGCUGUAAAUCUACUUUUCUUAUGCUGUCAUCAGUUUUGCAUUUAUUUGCCACACAUGUUCCCCGUUCCUUUGUAAUUAUUGUUUGAUGCUGUCUGUUUUUAUACCCACCCUCUUGUAAUGAUUGUAUUUUACAUCACCCUCUCAGUUGUGUAGUUUUCCCUGUCUAGGGUGAACAUGUUAGUAUUACAAAGUCCUGCAUGUGAUAGUCUGAAAUCCACCUCUUUUAACAUGACUACAUUUUAUCAUUGUUUACAUUUUAAUACAAAUAUUUUAUCACACAUUUCACGUUUUGAUAUGACAUAGUGUUUUGUGAUGCAUGUGCUUCCACUCGUCAGGAUUUUGGGAAUAUGGUGAUUCUUCUGUGCAUGGUUUGGAGUUUGCUGCAGGUCCUUAGAUUGUAUUAUAGAAUCAAGUUUUCAUCAGAUGUGAAGGAAAAUGUCCAUGUCAAAAUUAAUGUGUUCAUCAUUAAUCACAGCAAAAACACUGCUUUUCCAAAAGAUGUUGCAAUAAAGCUGUUACUAUAUUUUUGAAA